AUGCUAAAGGAAAAAAAAAGUUUGUUCCCGAAACUGGUUUUUCGGAUUUCACGGUUUGAUGUUAACCAUACACGUGUCUCUGUUGUUACGUUUUCAUCACGUGGCCGCGUGAUUCGCCACGUGGAUUAUUUAGCAGACGACCAUAAAGACCGACAUAAAUGCUCUCUCCUCGAAGAGGAUCUGAGGAAAAUCGACUAUUCAGGAGGCGGUACUUACACACUUGGUGCUCUUUUAGAAGCAAAGAAAGUAUUGACAAAGUCACGUGCAACAGCUAACAAGGCGAUAUUUUUGGUAACAGACGGAUUUUCUAAUGGCGGCGAUCCGAGACCAGUGGCAAAGAGUCUUCGCCAGAAGGGAAUAAAAAUGUUUACGUUCGGUAUCCAGAAUGGUAACGUUAGAGAAUUGUACGACAUGGCCUCACAUCCGAAAAAUGAAUCAACCUACAUUCUCGACAGUUUCGAGGAGUUCGAGGCCCUUGCAAAGAGAGCUCUCCAUGAAGAUUUGACGUCUGGAAGAUAUAUCGAGCAGCGCCCACGAAAAUGUAACCGACUGUGUGUCGGCAGGGACUGUUGUGACACGGUCGCCACGUGCAACUGCGGCACGCAUACAGGAAAGUAUGAGUGCAUGUGUCCUGCUGGGUACUUCGGCAAUGGGCUGACAGGGGGAUGUCAAGCUUGUCCGUCGGGGACAUACAAGUCCGACAAAAUUCCCGGAGAUGUGUUCACGUGCACAAAAUGCCCGGAUGAAAAUCAUAUAACAGUACCCGGGGCUACAUCAGUACAACAGUGUGUCUGUAGGAAAGGAUUUAGAAACUUCAAAAAUAAAGGAUGUGCAGUGUUGAAGUGUCCCGCCCUGGAAGUACCAAAGAAUGGCUAUUUUGUUAACGAUAAAUGUAAGAACGUAUUUAAUGCCGCCUGUGGACUGAGGUGUAAGCCUGGGUAUGAGCUUCGCGGCAGCAGUCUGCGAAUAUGCCGAGAGGACGGCACAUGGUCCGGCACAGAGACGGAAUGUAUCAUGAAGACAUGCCCGGCUUUGAUGACUCCGAAGAAUGGUAACAUGAUCUGUACCACAGAUGAUUUCAGCUUUAAUACUGUCUGCAGAUUUACAUGCGACACCGGGUAUAAACUGGUUGGUUCCCGAAAACGCACGUGUCUCGCCAUUGCAUUCUGGACAGGGAUAAAUACAAGGUGUAGAGAAAUUACAUGUAGACCGUUGCCUAUUGUACGGGAUGGGAGCAUCUAUCCUCCGGCUUGUACUGCUGGUGACGUUGCAUUUGGAACCACGUGUUCAGUCACGUGCCACCCAGGAUACUCCCUGAUUGGACCACACAGCAAACAGUGCCUCCCUGAAGGUGUGUGGACCCCGGCGUCUGAUGUCAGUCAGUGCGUAGAUACAGCAGCUCCGUUCAUCAUGUGCCCGUACAAUAUUGAAGCUGAGACAGACCUUAAUGAAAACACAGCCACCGUCUCCUGGCAGGUACCUCUAGCGGUUGAUAACUCAGGGUAUGUUCCUAUUUUAUCAUCUAUACCGGCAGUUAUGCCACCAGAAAAGUUCCCAGUCGGCACAACAAAGGUUACAUACAUAGCCGAGGACCUCAAUAAAAACGGAGCCGACUGUCAUUUCUACGUAAUUGUAAAAGACAAACAGGCGCCGACCAUUGACCGAUGUUUCUCUCCCUUACCCAUCGUGUCCCCAGAACCCUACGCUGACGUCUCGUGGGAGGAACCUAUCUUCAGUGACAAUUCUGGUAAUGACGUCAUGAUUCGCCGAUCACAUGCUCCAGGGCUCUUCCCGAAGGGUAAAACGGAAGUGAUAUACAAAGCAUACGAUGACAGCGGAAACAGCCGAUCUUGUGUGCUAAAAAUAAAUAUCAUUCCCCAUCCUUGCGAAUAUCCACCUGUUCCGUUGAACGGAAACCGGACGUGUUAUGAGGACAGUGAGGGCGUAGUGUGUAAGUUUAUGUGUAAAGAGGGGUACGACUUCGCAAUACAACCUGCGGAAGAAUACAGGUGUGCAUUUGACAAUGUCUGGGAACCUAAAGACCAGACGCCAAUAUCCGACUGCUCAGCACUUCAGCAGUCUCAUGACGUCAUACAACCUGCAUCGUUUACGUUCGCCGGACUGGUUGCCUGCCAACAAAGAAUCAUCCUUACCAGGUUAGAGAAGGACUUCGAGCAUAGAGUGACAAAACGGAUAAAUGAGCUCUGUGAAGAGGGUGUGGACUGUUCUAUCCGGGAUCUUGAGACAACAUGUGAGCAACAAGACGGUUCCGGUUUACGCAUUGUGCUUGGUCGCGACAAAAGAAGUGUUAUGGAAAGGAGGGUGGAGGAACGAUUACGGAAGAAGAGACAGGCAGAGACCGAUACAGAGACUGUAGAGGAUAAACACGCCAUAAUUACUUUUAAUUAUCUCAUAGCAGGAUCAGUAGGCAAUGUGUCGGAUUCUUCUAGUAAAACAUCUGGUCAAGAACAGUUGUUACAAGUAGUUGAAAAUAUCAAGAAAACACUGAAGAAAGAUGCCAAGAGAGGGGACUUUAAUAUAGAAGCUGAUGGAAAACCUCUACAACUUCAGGACAUGAAGUUUGACGACAGUCCUGUCUUUGAGUGUGAACAGGGAAGUGUUGUGGUAGACAACGCAUGUGCAAAUUGUCCAGUGGGAACAUUUUUCAAUGUGGUAUCGGAGCAGUGUGAGGCGUGUCCGAAAGGAACCUUCCAGCCAUCAACAGGACAGUUGUCAUGUCUAUAUUGUCCCACAAAUACCUCCACACCAGGUCUACAUGCUACAAGCGAAGAUAACUGUAAAGCGCUCUGCCUACCCGGAACGUUUUCGUACAACGGCCUUGAAAUCUGUGAAACAUGCAGAAGAAGCUACUACCAGGACGAGUACGGCCAGACUGAUUGUAAAAAAUGUCAGAAACGGCAUACAACCGUGAGAAGAGGAUCCAGAACAGAUCGGGAAUGUAAAGAAAAAUGUGCGGAGGGAUACGUGUCUAGAACCGGAUUGCAGCCGUGCUGGCCGUGCCCUAUAGGCACAUAUCAACCAAAAGGCGGGAAAAGCUCGUGUAUCAAGUGUCCAGCAAAUUCUGACACAGCGCAGACUGCAUCGACACAAAUCUCUCAGUGUGAAUUUGAACAAUCUGAUGGACCUCAAAACAUAGAAGCAUUUGAGGCUUUUGGCGGUCAGCAACAAGAAAUAGGGUUUGAUGAUUGUUUGAAAGGGGAGUGUCUGAACGGAGCUACGUGCAAGUCUGAGUUGUUCGGUUUCGAAUGCAUCUGUGCUGAGGGUUACAAAGGUGUAUAUUGUCAAGACGAAGUGGAUGAAUGUAGCGGUAAUCCCUGUCAGAAUGGUGGCACGUGUACUGAUCGUGUAGCAGACUACGAAUGCACGUGCCUAUCGGGAUUUACAGGAAAGAAAUGUGAAACGAACAUAGACGACUGUUUGGGAAAACCAUGUGACAACGGCGGCACGUGUAUUGAUGAGAUAGAAGGUUUCACAUGUAGUUGUGCUAAUGGAUUUGAAGGUCCCUUUUGCGAGGUGAAUAUUGAUGAGUGUAAGUCUGCCCCUUGCAUGAAUGGUGGAACAUGCAAGGAUAAGGUAGCAGGAUACGACUGUAAAUGUCCGAAAGGAAUAAAGGGAGAGCAGUGUGAGAUAGACGAGGACGACUGUGCCAGUGGACCAUGUCAGAAUGACGCGAAAUGUAAGGACUCUAGCGGAACUUUCAAAUGUGAAUGCGAAAAAGGUUUUGAAGGAGAUAUGUGUGAUAUAAACAUAGACGAUUGUGCGAGCAACCCGUGCGCAGCUGGUGCUAAAUGUGAAGAUCUGAUUGGUAGUUAUAAAUGUCACUGCCCCAGUGGCACCACUGGGCCUGAUUGUACCUCAGAAAUUGACAUCUACUUCCAACUUGAUUUUCCGUCCACGGCCAGUACCACAGAUUAUGCACGUGUCGAUAUGGACAAGGACUUGACGUCUGUUACCGUUUGUUUCUGGAUGAAAACGGAUGAUAGAGAAAACCAGGGGACACCAUUCUCCUACGCUAAUGCCGAUGGUGACAACAUAUUUACGCUAACCGACUAUGACGGGUUUGUGUUUUACGUGAAUGGAGACAAGGUAACUACUACAGUUAGUGCGAAUGACGGGAUCUGGCACCAUGUUUGUGUUCUCUGGUCAUCAAACCGAGGCUCCUGGAAAAUCUACAUGGACGGAAUACCCAUGGAUAGUGGUAGGAAGUUAGCUAAUGGGCAAACCAUUAAAGGUGGAGGUCAGUUUGUGGUUGGUCAAGAGCAAGACUCACUGGGUGGCGGGUUUUCCAGUCCGGAAUCAUUCAUUGGUCAGAUUUCUCAGCUAAACAUGUGGGGGAGAGCUCUCUCACUUGGAGACAUUGAAUCACUGCGGCUAAAUUGUACCAAACAAAUGGGCGAUGUUAUAUCCUGGGCAGAUGUAUCUGGAAAGAUGCAAGGUGCUGUCACAGAUUCACCUGUAGAGUUUUGCAAAGAAUGCCCGCCAUCGGCGACCAUAGAAAACGGGGCAGUCACUAACACAGGUCUUGAAGCUGGUGCCAGGGAGGAAUAUACAUGUAAAAGGGGAUUCCAGCUGGCUGGCAGAAGGGAGAGACUCUGUCUCGUCACUGGCGAAUGGGAAGGGAAAAUGCCAACGUGCGCAAGGGUGCAGUGUGGAUACCCUGGCACGAUAGACAACGGUUGGAUAGAGGGCGAGAGGUACACCUAUGACAAUCGCAUUCGAUAUGAUUGUGACAGGGGUUACAGGCUUGUAGGCCCUGCCACCAGAUACUGUGGGGAAUUUGGAUUCUGGGAAGGGGAUGAACCAGUUUGUGAGCGGAUAAAGUGCACCAUCCCAGUGCUGUCUGAAAACACGCUUGUGAGUAAUCCAUCACCUGACAACAAAUACGAGCCCGGACAGGAUGUUUUCUUCGAAUGUAAACCUGGUAAUGAAUUUUUCACUAAACACACGUCUGUGUAUUGCCAAAACGACGGAACAUUUGAUGUGAGUAUUCCAACAUGCGAUCCUCAAAAAUGUGGGAUUCCACUGAAAAUAGACUACGGAAAUUUUCCUAAUGCGGAAAAUCUAAAAGAAUUUCCAGUGGGACAUAUUGCACAAUACACUUGCGAAUUCGGAUAUAAGUUUUCACAGAACAGUAUAAAUCCAAGUGGGAAAAUCAAUUGUCUCCCGACAGGUGAAUGGGAAGCGAAUCUGCCAGAAUGCGUAGUUGUUACGUGUCGAGAUCCAAGUGAUAUAGACCACGGUCAGUAUGAGAAAACGGGUAACACAUUUCUUGAUCAGGCACGGUAUAGUUGCGAUCAGGGCUACGGACUUUCACAUAGUAACGUUCUGGAAUGUUAUGAGACUGGCGAAUGGAGUCCCAAACCUCCGGAAUGUAUUCCUGUACGAUGUGGACGUCCUGAUGAUAUACUUCAUGGUUUUUUUGAAGGAGAUGUAUUUACGUAUAAAGAGAUUGUAACAUAUAAAUGCGAUUUGGGAUAUAAACUUGUUGGCAAAGCACGCAGAGAAUGUUUAGAAGACACCAACUGGAGCGGGAAACUGCCAGUUUGCAAACCCGUAUCAUGUGGCAAGCCAGAUGAAAUAGAUCACGGCCAAUGGAAAGGCCGAGAAUACACGCUUAAUAAUGUAAUCCGCUAUGUUUGUGACGAAGGCUACGAGCUUGACGGGCCCGAAGAGAGAAUCUGUCGGGAAACUGGAAAAUGGCAAAACGGAUCCCCAACUUGCAAUAAAAUAGAAUGUGACAUUCCCCCAUCCAUUGACAACGGUUUUUACACAGAAACAUCUUUCUUUUACCAAGACAAUGUCACAUAUACUUGCGAGAAUGGGUUCUAUAUGGAGGGUGAAGCUGUUCUGAUAUGUCUAGGAAAUAAACGGUGGUCCCAACUCCCCCCAAGUUGUCAAGCUAUCGAGUGUUUCAGUCCGCCUAAUAUUGAUCAUGCAAGCUAUUCAAACCCUGAAAGACUUGAAACAUUUAGGAUCGGGUAUAGAGUAACAUACCAAUGUGAUGCUGGUUACGAGCUCUCUCGGAAUAGUUUAAAUCCAAGUGGAGAAAUAGAAUGUUUAGAGACUGGUCAAUGGGAAGCCAACCUUCCGGAAUGUUUUAUUGUGACAUGUCCACAGCCACUGUCAAUACAGUAUGGAAAUGCUGUGGUAUCAAGCGUAAAUUUAGAAUAUGGUAGUUUUGUCAGAUACAUCUGUAACGCAGGGUACGAGUUAGAAGGAGAAGAAAGUCUAACUUGUGAAUCAGAUGGGACAUGGUCUGGUGAGCCCCCACUUUGUCGAGCUAUUGAAUGUGUAGCCCCGCCAGUUGUGCUAAAUGGACGAUUAGAUUAUAAGGACUUGAAAUUAGGGUCUGUUAUCCGUUAUAUGUGUAAUGAAGGAUACGAACUGUCUGGGCUGGAAGUACGUCGCUGCUUGGCAAGUUUAACGUGGGAAGGAGAAGAGCCAGUUUGUUUGCCAGUAAAUUGCGGGAUCCCAGAAGAUGUAGCAAACGGUUUAGUUGAAUACGAAGAUACGCUUUUUCAGGCAACAGCACAAUAUAGUUGUAAUAAUGGCUACUUCAUAGUUGGUGAUAAAACUCGCGUCUGUACAAAAGACAAAAUAUGGAGUGGUGAAGUACCUACAUGUCAGAUUGUUCAGUGUGACAAGCCUUCACACAUAAUAUCGAACGGUCGUAUGGAAGGAGAAGUUUUUACCUUUGGUUCAGUUAUUACAUAUGAGUGUGAUGCUGGUUACUAUAUAGAUGGACCAUCAAACGAGAGGAAAUGCCUUGCUUCGGGGCAAUGGGAUAAGCCGAUACCAGUUUGUACAGCCGUCGAGUGUCCGAGGUUAAAUAUUCGAAAUGGAUUUACUUCCAGUUUUCAGACAGAAUUUGGUACAACGGUUACAAUCUCGUGUCGUUCCGGAUAUAGACUACAAGGUGCCUCUAAUCGCACUUGCCAGGAAGAUGGUUCAUGGAGUGGUGAAGAGACUGUUUGUGUGAAGUACGCAUGUCCAAGACUUAACCCUCCGGUAAAUGGACAGGUUUUUGUCCAGAGGGGAAGAGCCACAUACGCAUGCAUAGAAGGUUACACGAUGAACGGCCCAGACGUAAGAGAAUGUCAGAGUGACAAUACAUGGAGUUUAGCUGCACCUACGUGUGACGCAGUGCCAUGCGAGGAUAUAACCGCUGCCGGGUUCCAAAAUGGUUUUAUGACAUAUGAUCAACUGACGUUCGGUUCUAGUAUUAUCUUCGAGUGUGAUGCGGGUUACUCUUUGGUUGGGGAACGUAAAUUAGACUGCCAGUACGAUGGCACCUGGAGUGGUUCAAUGCCCUUUUGUGAUAAGAAAACAUGCUUUCCUCCGUUUAUCCCAGCCAACACUAAAAUUGUAGGGACUGAUUUUACGUUUGGCGCCACUAUCGAGUACCAGUGUGAUGAGGGAUAUAGGGUUCAGGGCAACACAAGAAGAGAGUGCCAGGCAGAUGGGUCUUGGUCAGGUAGCUCACCAAUAUGCCUGUUCAUCAUUUGCCCGCGUCCAGAACCUAACCGAAACGUUGUUGUUCUUGGCACGUCUUAUACGUACGGAAGUGAACUUGAAUACAGCUGCAAUGACGGUUAUGAACUGGAUGGCCCGAGUAUCAGAAGAUGUACAGAAAGUGGGGAAUGGUCUGGAAAGGAACCAUUUUGUACAAGGAAUGAGUGCCCGAGACCACCGCCUUUCCAAAAUGGACAAUUUUUCGCAUCAAGUUAUUCUCAAGGCAGCAACAUAAUUUACUCGUGUAAUGAAGGAUAUGAACUGAUAGGUAUAAGUGUUAGGUUAUGUUUAAGUACCCUGGAAUGGUCAGGGGAUGAGCCAUAUUGCCAGAGAGUUCAAUGUCCCGAUCCGCCGCCAUUAGACAAUGGGUUUUACGAUGGAUAUGAAUUUUAUUACGGAGACGUUGUUGAAUACAAAUGUAACACCGGUUAUGAUUUAGUAGGACAAGCUCGUCGGCUGUGUCUCUCAGUUGGUCAAUGGGGUGGAGCAGACGCAACAUGUAUAAAAAUUAACUGUGGUCCCCCGCCUGUCCGGAACAAUGUGGUAUAUAACAUACCAGGCGGCGACAAGGAGGGAAAGUUCGAAGCAACAGCCUCGUUAUCGUGCGAGGAAGGAUACCAAGGUCGUGGUGUGAACUUUCAACGUUGUCAAGCUAAUGGUGCGUGGACAGAGUCUAACUUUGUUUGUGAAAUUGUCACUUGUCCUGAAUUUCCAACAGUUGGCAAUGGAAGAAUACUGGGGCAAGGAAACCAGUAUGGAACCGAACUUGAAAUCCAGUGUGACGAGGGUUAUUAUUUGAUAGGUAAAGCUAGACCGAGAUGCGGACCAAAUGGUGACUGGGAUUAUGAAAAUCAGCCUUAUUGCGAGCUUUCUGGUUGUCCUGAUUUACCUAAAAUAACUAAUGGUUUAUCAACUGAAACAGGGUCAGGUGUCGGAGCUGUAGUAACGUACAGCUGUGAUGAAGGGUACAGACUACAGGGUUCGAACCGAAGAACGUGCGAGAAAGGUGGUUCUUGGAGUGGCUCUGAUCCCUAUUGUAGGUUAAUCAUAUGCGAAGUACCACCAUUUGUUGAUCAUUCAGUUCCUUUUGAUUCCCUCACACAGUAUCUAUAUAAAUCAAAAGCACGAUAUGUUUGUGAAACGGGGUAUGAGCUAUCUUCUGGGGAUAGCACGUUAACUUGUUCGGAGUCAGGAGCAUGGUCUGGAACGAUCCCGACCUGUUCGCUUGUGCAAUGUGGAGAACCAACACAAGUCCCAAAUAGCAAAGUCGCCGUUGCUUCGUACAAUUAUGAAGGAGAGGCACAGUAUCUGUGUUACCUAGGAUACAGGGUGAAAGGAUCCUCAACAAUUACUUGUGGCAAAAAUGGAAACUGGAUAGGAACGCCUCCAGAAUGUGUACCGAUAGACUGUGGCACUCCGCCUUAUGUGCCAAAUUCUAUGAAGAUAGAUUCGAAAAACUACACAUUUAAAAGUGUCAUAAACUAUGUGUGUGACGUUGGGUUCCACCUGGUCGGACAACAGACUACUUCAUGUCUAGCCACGGGUGUAUGGUCUGGAAUACCACCGGUCUGUGAGCCGAUAUCAUGUGGAACUCCACCUGAAAUUGAAAAUGCUAUUUACAGAGGCAAUGACCAUUUUUACACUUCUACUGUAACAUACGAGUGUUUCCCUAAUUUUGAAAUUUCUGGAAAUCCUACAUUAACAUGUGCAUACGACGGUUCAUGGAAAGGUGUCAGACCAGAAUGUCAUGCGGUGACUUGUGGGCCACCUCCAGUUUUCCCACACUCUUCGACAACCAUGCCUUUGGGAGCAAAUGUCGGUAGUGUAGUUUCCUUUAUGUGUAACGACGGAUUUUAUCUUCUUGGAAGUGCAACAGCAAGAUGUACUGAGAGUAAACAAUGGGAGUACGAAGGAGAGCCUCCAGUAUGUGAACCUAAAGAUUGUCUAGAUCCGCCAGAACUGAAAAAUGGCUACAGGAAGUUUACAGAAACAUUGUAUGAAUCUACAGUGAGGUACUUCUGUGAUGCAGGGUACACAUUGCUCGGUCAGGACUCGCUCAGGUGUGGGUCCAAGGGACAAUGGGAAGGGAAACUUCCUACAUGCGAGUUACUUAAUUGCGGAGUUCCUCCACACGGAGACCACGUGAUUGUCGAUGGAGAUAGUUAUACCUACCAAAGCAAGGUGACAUAUAGCUGCGAAAAUGGGUACAAACUACUAGGAGAGUCGGUGUCAGUUUGUACUGAGACGGGAGACUGGUCUGUCCAGUCGCCACAGUGUGAACGUGUCACCUGUAAGCAGCUUAUCCUACCGGAGAAUGGAAUAGUAUUAAAUGGCGAUCUACGUAGUACAAGUAAUUCUGGUGAUAGGGUGGAGUUAGAUUGUAACCCUGGUUACCAGAUGAUAGGCAAUGGACAACUUGAAUGCCUAGAGACCGGGAUAUGGAGCUCGGAAGUACCAAAGUGUGAACCUACUACAGAUGCUCUUGUGUGUGGCGUUGAUACGGGUGUUGAACAUGCACGUGAGCUAAGCACGACAAUGCCGGUUGGAAGUGUAGAAACGCUUGUAUGUGACGCGGGUUAUACAGAAACAGGGGACGUUACCGUAACUUGCCAGGAGGAUUUAACUUGGUCUCAGCCAGCAGGGUUCUGUUCUAGAGUUUUCUGUGGUAAACCAAGACUUCGUGAUUUUGUCAAUGUUGUGCGUAUCAGAGGAGCGUCAUAUUUCUAUGGAGACGAGAUACAAUUUCAGUGCCGAGCCGGUGUAGCACCGGCUAGAUCUCCGCCUAUAAUAAGAUGCUUGAGCGAUGGAUCAUGGGACGGUGAAUUCAGAUGCGGAGUGACAUGUAAGCGACCAUGUCAGCAUGGUGGUAUAUGUUUGGGACUUAACAGAUGUAAAUGUCCAACAGGCUACGGAGGUGCAGUUUGUGAGAAAGCAAAGUGCAUCCUUCCCUGUUUUAAUGGCGGCAGAUGUACAGCUCCAUAUCUGUGCACGUGUCCACCUGGAUACGAGGGUGUUCGUUGUCAGAGAGCUGUAUGCAGCAAACCAUGUGCAAAUGGCGGGAAAUGUGUGAAGCCAAACAAAUGCCGCUGCCGAUACAAGUACAGUGGUAGAUUCUGUGAAAACAAGAAACUCUAACAAUAUUUAUUAACUUUGCUGUCAUUUUCGUCAUUUAUUUUGAUAACGUAAAUUACCUGUACAUAUAUGUGUUAGUGGUUAAUAUUUUCUAAUCAUCCUUACGUAUUUCAGGAAGGAAAACAUACUUAAAUAUGAUGAAUAGUUUAAUUCAGUUAAGCGAUAAAAUGUUUAGGAAUUUGAAGUAAGCACCAAACAAGAUUUGCUGCUUGCAGCCUGAUAAACGCGUGACCCUCUUAAACAUUUUAACAUUUUGUGACCUAGUUCGACUUCCAGAUCGGUAUGAGCUCUUCCGCCAUCUAUGUUGAUUGUUUUACCAGACGUAAUGUUCAUUGAUGAACUGGAGCAUAUUUUUCAGAAUCUCAGUAUUUUUAUUAUCUUUUUCUCUGAUGAAAUAUGAUAUAUUAUUUCAUUUUAUAUAUAUUCUUCUCGCUGUCACUUGUAGACAUGAAAAUGCAUCAGAAUAAAUAGUUUAUAUAAAAAGUCACAAUUACCUAACGUCUAAGAACAUUUGAAUCCGGAAUAUGUACGAUAUAAGUAUAGCAACGGUGUGAAGUCUUGCAAAAUUUUGCGGCAACAGAAAGUUUAGGGCAGUGGAUCCUAAAAUAUGCUUUUUUCUCGUUGACAUUGAAUAGCAUUACCUAUAUAUUGUUAAACUAUAUUGUAUUCUAAUUUUGAAAAGAAAACUGAAGUUAUAAUGCAAAAUUGCCUACGAGAACAGAAUAAAUAUAGAUAGGAAAUGUC